CGGCGUCUUGCCCUGCGUUACCAACCUACCUCGUGGGGAAACGGCCCAGAAGCCGACUGCCCCGGGCCACGCAGCUGAGGCGGGGCGACCUAGGGGGCUUCUCCUAGAGCUGGAGACCGAAGGCUUCUGGAACCCUGGUGCUGGGGCAACGGUCCGCCAAUCAAAGGGCCCCUGUCCGACGGGGGAGGCCGAGCCGGCCAAUCGGAGGGCGUCUGCCAGGAGGCGGGGCCUGCCAAUCGGGGGUGCCCCGGAGGAGCGGCGGAAACGAUCGAAUCUGGUCGGUGGGGGGCGCGCGCCUUGACGUGCAGGCGGGAAAGCGGGAGCCGCGCUUCAGACCGAGCGCCCCCGCUUCCCGGUUGUCUGUUUCCCCGGGAAUGAAAGGUGAACUGCGCGGGCCAGGACCCUAACGGAAAGGAAAACAGGCCGGGAGGUGGGCCCGGGCGGCUGCCUGGCGGAGGCGCUGCCGGCACCCAGGGGGCGGGGUCUCUCUGGCCCCGCCCCGGAUUGUUCAGCCCCCGCGGUCUGCCCCGCGCGGCUGCCAGUGCGGGCUGCUCGCGGCUAUGGACGCCCCCGGGGCCCCGGGCCCGGGCCCGGGCAGGAAGGAGCUGAAGAUCGUGAUCGUGGGCGACGGCGGCUGCGGCAAGACAUCGCUGCUUAUGGUGUACAGCCAGGGCUCCUUCCCUGAGGACUACGCCCCAUCGGUGUUCGAGAAAUACACGGCCAGCGUGACUGUGGGCAGCAAGGAGGUGACCCUGAACCUGUACGAUACCGCGGGGCAGGAAGAUUAUGACCGGCUGCGACCCCUGUCCUACCAGAACACCCACCUUGUGCUCAUCUGCUAUGACGUCAUGAACCCUACUAGCUAUGAUAAUGUCCUCAUCAAGUGGUUCCCUGAGGUCACACAUUUCUGCCGUGGGACCCCCAUGGUGCUCAUUGGCUGCAAGACAGACCUGCGCAAAGAUAAGGAGCAGCUGCGGAAGCUCCGGGCCGCCCAGCUGGAGCCCAUCACCUACAUGCAGGGCCAGAUCGCCUGUGAACAGAUCCGAGCUGCGCUCUACCUGGAAUGUUCUGCCAAGUUUCGGGAGAACGUGGAGGACGUCUUCCGAGCAGCGGCCAAGGUUGCGCUCAGUGCUUUGAAGAAAGCACAGCGGCAGAAACAACACCGGUUGUGCCUGCUCCUCUGACCCCUCUGGGCAGGGCUCCCAGCCCAACGUGCAAGACUGACGGGGCCCAGGCUGCCAGGCCCAGACUGUACCCCCAGAACCUGUCCUAUCGCCAGCUUUCCAAGGACACUUGGAGUUGGGUGUUUCCCCGUGCCUGGAGCCUGUGGCUAGACUCUUAGAACAUUCUGGAGAUGUCUCCUUUCUCAGCUGGGGCUCUGACCAUGAAAUCACCUCCGGGUUUACACUGGAGGUGGGCCGGCAUGGAGGUGGGUGAGGAUGCUGGACUCAGCCCCUCCAGACCCCAGAUCCAGCGUUUGUCCCUAGGACUCAGGAGUACACAGCCUCCCCGCAGCCAUGUGUGUCCCAUCGCACACCGAUAGGUCCUGCAGACCGAUGCUUGAAACAAAGAACUACAUCUGGUACGUGGAUAAAUGGAUUUGUCAGCGUUCCACACAGUCCCCAAACCCACUGCUCCUGUGUCACCCGCCUCCCUGGGCUCCUGAGAUAGGCAACUGCUGCAUCCUCCGACUUCUGGCUGCUUUCCUCCAGGAACUUGGGGCCACAAUGGGACAGGGACUUAUCGGGACAACACAGGCACCAGCCCCGGACAUGGGGGCUGGCCCCCGCCCCCACCCAGGACUUCAGCUGGGCUGCCAUCUUUCCAGAGCUGGAAUGGCAUGUACACAUGCCUGAGGGGGAGAAGAAACAUUCUAAAAACUCAAAAAGCACCCUGGACCACCCAGGCAACCCUGGCUCAGGGGCUUGGCACCUGCAACCCCCCACUGCCCCCACUGCUGGAAGCUCAAGAUGAAAACUGUCAUCAGUUCUGAGUGGUCGUGGGCAAGUCACUGCCCUCUCUAGACUGGUUUCCCUAUCUGCAAAACAACAGCACUGACUCAUUUUAGUCAUCAAGCUCCCUCUGUCCCUCACAGCCUCCACUUCUGCCAAGCUGAGACUAUCCUGGCCUCCUGCAAGAACACUCAACCCCCAGCUACAGAAUCACUGAACCAUCUGGAAGGUCUGGGUUCAGAGGCAUCCAGGAGUUUUUAUUUUUAUUUAUUUUAUUUUUUUCAUCCAGGAGUUUUUAAACAAGUGCUCCAGGUGAUUCUAAUGCCCCAGAGAUCAGAGCUGCUUGCUUCCUGAGUGAGCCACAAGUUAGCGUUAACUGAAUACAGGAUAAUGGCUUGAGGUGGCUCCUGCCCUCCAGGGAUCUCUUGCCUCAGCCCCCACUAAGCUUGAGCCUCUCUGAAGUCCUCUGCUAGAGAAAGACUUACGUAUGCCACCCCAUCCCACCUCACCCCACCCUGCCAUGCCCUGGGGAGUCAAAAGAGCACUCAAUCCAAGGCCUCGUGGACAAAUGAUGGUAUAGGGCAGAGGUUAAGCUAAUCAUACUCUAUGGACCAAAUCUGGCAGCUGUGUGUUUUUGUAAAUAAAGUUUUGUUGGGACACAGCCAUACCCAUUUAUUUAUCCAUUGGCUGCUUUUGCCCGACAACUGCAGACUGGGUGGUUAUGACAGAUGAUCUGGCCCUUUGCAGAAAAAGUUGGUUGACUCCUGGUCUAGGAAAAACCCAAGUGCCUAAGAAUCAGCUCAGAAGACCCAGGCUGGAGUGAAACAGGACAGGUAUAAAAGGGAGGGCUGGGGUCUGUGGCUCACUAGAAUGCAAGCACCCCAUCCUAGGCAGGCAGCUCAGCCUAGCCAAGAACUUUCCAUUUUUCUAGGGAAGCAGAAAUCUAGGUUUUUAUGUAGACUCUUACUGGGGUGGAGGGGAAGUUUCCUAUUUUAAAAAUGUAACAAUGAAAAAAGCUUAAACUUCCCUGAGGACCAAAGCAUGACUAUGGAGGCCAGUGAACUCUGGUCAGAGGGGUUUGUAGGGAGGUAGUUAAGGGUAACUGAGGCCAGUGUGGGAAGCAGUGGCAAAACACUCAACCAAACCUGCUAGCUUCUUCACCUGCCCCACAAAUAGAGAAUCGGAUACAAGGUGACCAGCAGACUUGUCCUAGCCUCCCAACUGCCACCUCCAGGAGGGAGCCUGCUCAGACUCUCCCCACCACAUUCCAGAACAGGAGGGAAAUGGAGGGAGGUGGAGGGUGGGUGACCUCUGUGAUGGCUUAAGUCUCAAACAGCGCUGAAGUUUGGGUCCCCCUC